CGUGCGCGGGAAGGUAGGCGGAAGAGGCGCUUGUGCAUUCCUCACUUCCGGUUCCUUGACGUGGAAGUUGGAACUUUAGUCGGGGUUUUCCCGCAGUGGAGCGAAGACAAUGUCCACACUUUGCUCGACAAAAGCGAGUGAAGGUUGAAAAAGGAAAAGACACGGUAAGGUCUCCGUUUGAACGUCUUGCCUCCAAUUUCCGUCUGGAAGCUUUUUGGGGAAAAACACGUCUUCGCCCGCGAUGACGUCAGCUUUUCACAGCAGGCGGACUUGACGUAACUUGACUGAGCACCGACGCCACAAUGCUCAAGCUAGCUGACAAUAUCAACCUGGACUUCCUCUCUGACAGCGAACGGGAGGCCAUCCUGGAUGUGCUGCGACGAGAUGAAGACUUGAGGAAAGCUGAGGAGCAGCGUGUUCUGAAGCUCAAGGCCGAGUUGCUGGCAAUCAAGCGGAAAGGGGCCAAGCAUGGAAGCGGGAGAUACAGUCAGAGGAGUUGUGGCCGAUGCCAGACGCCUUUGAGUCCGCUGGCCUUAAACAGCGUCCAGUGCAGGCAGUGCCAUCACCUUGUAUGCAGCCAGUGCAGAGCCAACGUGCCCAGAGGGGAAUGGCUGUGCAACGUGUGCGCCAAAGAGUCGGCCCUCAGGAAGAGUACAGGCGACUGGUUCUACAACUUGAGGGUCAACCGAUUCUUCACAUCGCCCGCACACCAGCUGGUCAGACGCAGCCUCAGAAAGCAGCCAGUGUCAAAAAAGUAUGAGACAAUGGGAGAUGUCCUGCUGAAAAGCAAAGUUUCGAGCCGAGCUGCGUCGACGCUACCAAGUGAAGAUUUAAGCCGAGCUGUGUCGACACUACCAAGUGAAGAUUCGAGCCGAGCUGCGUCGACGCUACCAAGUGAAGAUUCGAGCCGAGCUGCGUCGACGCUACCAAGUGAAGAUUCGAGCCGAGCUGCGUCGACGCUACCAAGUGAAGAUUCGAGCCGAGCUGCGUCGACGCUACCAAGUGAAGAUUCGAGCCGAGCUGCGUCGACACUACCAAGUGAAGAUUUGAGCCGAGCUGCGUCGACACUACCAAGUGAAGAUUUGAGCCGAGCUGCGUCGACGCUACCAAGCGAAGAUUUAAGCCGAGCUGCAACAGUUCCUGUUCCCGCCCGUAGCCCCACUUUGGUCGCCCCCGCUCCUGCCCUCAUCCCAGUCCCGAUCCCGAGACAGAGAAUCCAAACCACUAGCAAACGUCCUCCCAGGAAGAAUUUAGGCUCCAUGAAGUCCAUGGGGUCUUUAGAAAUAGAAGUGGAUGAAGACACGUUAAAGGCUGCGCACAGUGACACCGAGUCUGCAGAAAAAGCCAGCCUGGACAGCAGCAGAACUGGCACAGAGUCCAGACGAGUCACCCCUGACCCGCCCAGUAGAGAGACCACCCCACGUACAUCCAGCCCAGCAGGAUCCAGUGUUUCCAGUCUGACACUCCAAGUCAUUCCAGACGCUGUCAGCAUUCACAGCUCUGGUUCGGAAGCCAACGUUGUCCCAGAAAAAAGGCAAGCCAGUCCAAGCCUAGAGUUUGAUGUCGACAGACUCUUUAAGAAGAGCGUCAAAAACCUUCCACAAUCUCCCAACAUUCUAGAACCUUUCACAUCGGAGCCAGAUGUUUGUGACCAGCCUGACUCGGGUGCGGUCCAAGAGGACAUCAAAAGCCAUUCUGUACACGUUGUAGAGACGCAUGUGCCAGAAAUAAAGCCGGUCUCUCCGAGCCCUGCGUUGGAUGUUGAGCAAAUCUUCAAAAGGAGUGUCAGACGCGUUCAGAAUUCUCCCGGACACCAAUCCACGCUGGAUCUCCGUGGCAGAAAAGACACGUUGGAGGUACCGUUUGGAAACCGGAGCCGUUCUGUACCUGCUUUAGACAUGCACGAAGAUGAAGACGAAGACAUUGACAGCUUGGUUAACUUCCACAGAAGCUCAAUGGCUUCCAGUUCUGAAAGCUCAAAGAGCCCACUCGGCAGCCUGAUGAGCAUCUACAGUGAGUCAGGAGACCAUGACAGCGUGGAGGUGAGCGGCCAGGUGGUCUUCUCUAUGACCUAUGACGAGUCCAGCCAGAGCCUGCAGGUCUUCAUCAAGGAGUGCCAAGGGCUGGCCUGUGGUGAUCCCAUACGCCAGCUAUCCAAUCCUUACGUGAAAUGUUACCUGCUGCCUGACAAAUCCCGUAUGAGCAAGAGGAAGACCACCAUCAAGAGACACACCUGCGACCCCGUCUACAAUGAAACUUUCAAGUACUCCGUUAGCCGAUCUCAGCUGUUCACUCGGUCCAUGCUGCUCUCGGUGUGGCACCACGGCCGCCUGAGCCGCAACCCUUUCCUGGGGGAGGUGGAGAUGGCUCUGGACUGCUACGACCUGGACUCCCCGCAGGAGCAACGCAUGGCGCUCAUGACCAGGGUGGUGCCGAGCGAGUCCCAUGACAUGGAGAGACGCAACAACCAUUCUCCCACAAUGGCUCCCUGCUCUGUACCAGCCUCCGUCUUUAGCCAAUUUAAAGGAGAACUGGUCAUUUCCUUGAAGUAUGUCACACCUAAAGCGCCAGUCAGGGAGAAAAUGAAAGGCAAGAAGACAGUGGCUGUGGAAGGCGGCGAGCUGCAUAUCCUAAUUAAAGAGGCAAGGAACCUGAUGGCCAUGAAAGGAGGCGGCGGCACAUCAGAUAGCUUUGUAAAAGGGUACUUGUUCCCUUCUAAGUCGAAGACCACCAAGAGAAAGACACCAGUGGUGAAAAGGAACCUGAACCCCCACUACGGCCACACUUUUGUGUACAAGGACCUGGCGCUGGAGCAGCUGAAGACCAUGUGUCUGGAACUGACGGUGUGGGACCGAGAGCCCAUGCUGAGCAAUGAGUUCCUUGGAGGAGUACGCCUCAGCUCUGGCAAAGGCACCGUCCUUAUUGGCAGCAACCUGCUGGAAAUGGAUUCCGUUGGGGAAGAAGUCAGUCUGUGGCAGAAAAUGAUGCAGUACCCCGACUCCUGGGCAGAGGGCAGUCUUCCCUUGCGCGCCUCCAUGGGACAGAAGAAGGGCAAAUAAGGACGCCUCGUCUGGAUGUAAAGGGCGGCAAAAGUCAGAAACAAUAAGAUUGUAUGUAGUUCCCCCAGUGCCAUGACAGAACUCACAGCUGAAGAAAUGUACCAAUCAAUACUCAACUCAGGAUUUAUAUUUGGAUGCUGGCACUUUUUUAUACCUGCAGAAAUUCCUUGUCCAGGGGCUCCCCCACCUUCCUUGACUCCACUUUCCUUGUCCAGGGUGUACCUGCCUUCCUGAUCCUGGCUCUACCCCGCAUUUCUUGUCCUGGGUGUAUCUAACCUUCCGCUUGAAUGCAGCUAGGGUAAGGCUCCUGCUAGCCCGCGACCCGAGAGGGACAAACGGUAGAAAAUGGAUGGAUGACAUGUGUUAAAUUUGUUAUCAAACACUAAAUAAAUUGUGCUGAUUGAAAUAUUUGCUCUAGCCAUUGCCGCUUUGCCAAUAUUACAUCAUGAAAAUGAGAUUUGAAUGCGUUUGUUUACCUCAAAGGUGCCUUGAUCCUGUUCAGCCAAUAAAUAUUAACCAGACAAACUA